GAGGGCAUCUAGGGUUUAUCUCCUCUCGCCGCAGCCUCCCUCGAGCGCAACAAAGGAGCAAGGCGAACGCGGCGGCGGCGGCGGCCGAAGAUGUCAGAGAAGAAGCGCGGCGCCGGCACCCGCAAGGAUGAGGUGGUGACCCGUGAGUACACCAUCAACCUCCACAAGCGCCUUCACGGAUGCACCUUCAAGAAGAAGGCACCAAAUGCCAUCAAGGAGAUCAGGAAGUUCGCUCAGAAGGCCAUGGGCACAACUGAUGUCCGGGUCGAUGUGAAGCUCAACAAGCACAUCUGGAGCAGUGGUAUCCGAAGCGUGCCAAGGCGAGUUCGUGUCAGAAUUGCCCGCAAGAGGAACGACGAGGAAGAUGCAAAGGAGGAGCUCUACUCCCUGGUCACAGUCGCUGAGAUCCCUCCAGAAGGUCUCAAAGGUUUGGGAACAAAGGUUGUCGAGGAUGAGGACUAAGCCCCUCCAUUGUUUCAGCCAGUUAGCACUUAGCGCAAUAUCUCUGCUGAGAGCGAAAUUUGGGAGUCUUGGUUCAGCUUAUUGUUAUCUACUGUUGAUGACUUUUGUAAUAGAAGAUUCGAGAUGUUGCUUAUUUCUUUGAAGCGCUUGAAAUUUUGACUUGU